AUGGAAGGUCGUCAAGGCGAUGUGUCCAUCGAUGCUGGCAUCCAAGCUACUCAAGGUAUGUCGCUUUCGAAACCACUGCCCGAUCCAGCUUGGUCAGAUCAAGCGCGUGGUGGAAUCUUCUUGUCCGAUCUUCCUUUGCAGGACGUCAAGUGUGACAGCGCCAAGCACAUAGUGGACAUCAUCAGCGAUGUGCCCCCGCCUGAUAAGACUUCCAUUGAGGCCGCAAUCAACUCUGGUCACUGUGGAAAGGAUCGGCUACCCGAACCGUUUUGCGUGAAAUCUGAUGUGGAAGUCAAGCUCAUCACACAGUUCGUCGUUAUCUCUCAAAACAAUGCCAACGUCUCUGUUCUCAAGCAUAUGUAUAGCCCAGACACGAAGCUCACCAAGGCAUGCUUGGAGUGUUUGUGCUACGGAACACCUUAUGUCUUGAAGUGGCAAGGCCAUGCACAGAACUUCAGGAGAGGGUUUCAAUGGUUCUUGGAGCAGUUGGGUGGAUGGCAGUGUCGUCAUCAUGCACUGACCCAUAUGCUACCUUGCCACCAACCCCGUCCUGAUGGCUCCAAAAGUGGCUCUUACAUGGCAAAUCUGAGCGAAGAGGCGGUUGACAAGAGCUUCGCUUUCAUCGAGGAGGAAGCAAGUCGACUUGGCACUGAGUGGAAGCGUGUUCAGUGGAUGACCAAAAACUUGAACACUAAUCCCGAGUCCCCCAUCUACGCAUGGGGUCAAGACGUCGAGUACUCCGUCCUUGACUUCGCUGUUCGCCACAUGCUCAAGCACAUGAAGACGCACUCAAACGGCUUCGUUGGCAGCCCCGGACAGGCUGGUCGCAAGGACCGGCCUGACAUGCACGACGAUGGGUGCCUCGCAUCGGAACCUAUUCGCAAGAUGAAAGGUUUCGCAGAUGUACGAUGUAUUGCAAUGACAAGGGAAUGCUGGGGAGCAGCAAAGUUCGUUCAACGGCAAAUGCGUCUCUUCGCCUGCAACGACUUCGAGUUUACGCCAUGGCUUAAUAAGCAUCAGCGUAUUCGCGGUGGUUGCGCAGUUCACAUGAAACACGAAGAUUUCUUGGGCGUCAUCAAGCCGAUGCGAGUGAACAUACUGGUCAAUGCUGGCACCAUCAUGUUGUUCCGCUCAGCAACACAGGAAGAAAUUUCUGUGCCCGGAUUAGUCAUGGACAGCCACCUGGAUUUCUUGAAGCCUGCAUCGGCGAAGAGGUACAACGAAUAUCGUGACGGCAUCAAGUCAACGCCUUCCGCGUUUGACGAAGAUCUCAAAUGGGAGGUCGACUACGUGAACGCAAUCCUCACUGGCAACCCACGCGCUAUUCAUGAACUUUUUCAUGGCUCAAGUCACAGACCCACCGGCAGCUUCAGCGCAUCUUCUCUGCCAUCAUCAUCUGUCAACACAGCUACGGCGGUCAAAGAACAGCCCCGGCCAUUUCGCAGGGCUUUGUCCACACUGUCAAGUGAGAUCAUUGACCUAGGCACCCAAGAAGCAACCGUCAAGGAGGAGGAGGAGGUGCACGACCCCAUGGACGAUCUUGCCUUCGAGCCCCAGGGAAUCUCACAAGAGCUGACCGACUUCACGAAGGAUUUUGUCAGUAGUGAGGAUCUUGAUGAUGGUCUUGUCGCUUGCCGUAAGGAGCUGUGUGAUUGA